AUGUUCACUCCAAAUUCGGAAGUUCCUGCGAAGACCGAGGUUGCAUCAAAAUGUGACAACACAUCCUUGCUGUAUAAUGUGUCGAAGAACGGAAAGGCGCGAAAAGAUGAUGGAGUUGACGAUGUCAACGAGACUUAUAAAACCAUCCUCGCGCGUAUCGCUGAACUAGAGGAUGUCUUGGAUCGAACCGAGCUGGGGUUAGUUUUAUUGCAAGAUGGCCAACCGCAGAAUAAAAAGGUUAGAGUCGAGGGAGUGGAUGUUUGGCGCCGUGAGAUCCGACAGAUUCGAGCCCAAGCGAUGACGCCAACGUUGAUCGCUGUGACCGGCGCGACCGGGGCUGGGAAAAGCACACUGCUGAAUGCACUGCUUGAUCGGAUAAUCGUACCGACAAGUGGUAUGCGAGCUUGUACCUCUGUAGCAACUAAGAUUUCGUACCACUCCGAAACUAGUAUCACAGCUGCGAUCGAUUUUCUCACUCGAGAGGAAUGGGCGAUUGAAAUUCAAAUGGGAUUAGGGGAUAUCAAAGACAAAGGUGAAGAGAAAGAGAAUGACAAUUUGGAAAUACGGGCGAACGCUAAAGGUUUGAAACACGGAAAGAAAAGAGCAAAGACGAGAGAACAGAGAGGUUUUGGAAUGGCCUGGGAUAAGAUCCAUGCAGUAUACCCCAACUUGAGCCCAGACGAGUUCGCAAAGUUCACGACUGCAGAGGAUGUCCUAUCUAAUUCAGCCUUUGAUGGGAUUACUAAAAGACUUGGGACAUCCGAAACGAUUACUUGCGACACCUCUGCAGAGUUCGCGAAAGCUAUAUCAAUUUAUAUUGAUGCAAAACCCGUUCAGAAUCAAUCGUCUCACCGCCAACCUAUGCCCAGUCAUGUAGAUGGCGCCGAAUCGACACUACACCCCUCCGGUGCACUCUGGCCCUUAGUUCGAGAAGUGCACAUACGUUGCAAUGCCAAAUGUCUUUCGACCGGUGCUACGUUGGUCGAUCUUCCUGGCAUAGGCGACUCCAACGCCGCUCGGAGUGCAGUUGCCGAGCGAUACUUGGCACAUUGUGAUUGCGUUUGGGUAGUGGCACCGAUCCACAGGGCGGUCAAUGAUGAACAUGCGAAAGAACUUCUCGAUCGAGCGUUCAAGACACAACUUCUCAUGGGUGAGUCCUACUAUCAUUUUGACGGAAAAUUAAGGUUUGUAUCUUUCACCUUUACGCACACUGCUCAACCUACAACUAAUCUCUAUAUUAAAAUUGGUCGAAGUUCAAAAGACUCGAUAACCUUUAUAGCGAGCAAAUGCGAUGACAUCCUGGUCUCUGAAGCAAUCGAGAAUCUUGACCUUGCAAACACGACCGUACUUAGACAAUUCAACCACGAUAUAGAACAGAAGGAAUCAGAAUUAUCUCAUUACAAGAAGAUACUUCAGGAAUCGUGGUUUUCAAUGUCCGGGUCACCAUUGAACGAGGAGCUCUUCAAGCGUAGAGCGCAGCUUUUCCAAACAACUCCAAUCGUUCCUUCUCAACCAACAACCAAGCGAAGCUCGGAUGUCCCGAACUUUAAUACCGGUCCCAAUAAGAAGAUCAAAUGCGAGUUUGUUUUGGCAAGCUCCAGUGCCGUGUCUGAUUCGACGACCUUCAAUACCUCCCAAUUAUCUCAUGAUCUUAAUCUGGGAACUCAAACUUAUACCCAAAACAAUCAAGCCAUGACGAAAGUUGAUGUCAAUGAUCCGCAGGUCUACAUGGAGCGUCAGGAUAAGUAUAUAGAGGGUUUAAGGAAAGAACUGAUGGUUCUGCAGCAAGGUAGAGAUGAUUUCAUUACUCGGGAACGAAAUGAGACCUUCAAACAACAACUAAGAGAAGAUGUUUAUUGUGAAUUGGAGGACAUCAUUCAAGAUUCCGCCUCUGAUGAGCGGUGUGAACACUUGGAUAUCGUACAGACAGAGAUUCCUCUCCUACAAGAAUGGAUCCACCAAAUAACCAAUACUUCACAUCAGAAAGAGCUAGGGCUUAUGUCGGAUAUGUUGAACACUCUGGCUCAAGCAGUAAAAACCUUCUGUCAGGACAAUGCUGGAGGACUCACUACAUCUGAACAAACCGCUAUCAAACAAAAAUGGAGAUCGAAGGUACUCGCCUCAGGCAAAGUCGAGAACUCCGAAGCCAUCGCCGUACGUUUACAGAAAAUCCUUAGUCCCUGCGUUGAAAGUAUAUCAUUCUACCAAGUGUUCCAGGAAAAUUUGGAACAGGACAUCCGUCAAGCUGCCAUGGACGCGGCAUCGGAGGUAUUGGAGCUGUAUGAGUCUAUCGUAACGGAGUCUAAGAUGCACGGAAAUACAUACCGCGCAGUGAUCCGCCAUCACGGUGAAUUCAAUUCGUCGAACGGGCUUGACCUCGACCUGAACAAAAUUCUCACCUCCACAAUGAAGGAGGGCCUGGCCCAGUCAUGGGCAGCAUUCUUCAAUAAGCACCAUUUCGACUCUUUGGAAUCAGACGUCAUCAGUGUUAUCGGGGAAUUCUUAGUCGAACUGUCCAAUGAAGUGACUUUAUCCCCGAUCAAAAGCUUUCUUGAAAAACACAAGGAUGGAAUCAUUAAGAAAGCGCGUAUACUUGUUCGGCAUGCCAUUCGCAAAGUUCAGCGUCAAAUCGAUCAAGAGCAGAAGGGGGUGGGGAGGGGACUUGGACCUCAAAUACAAAAACUGUUGAUGGCUACGUACAUUGAGGCCGGAAAAAUAUCAGGAAAAGGUUGCGCCCAAGCACAAAAGAAAAUCAUGCAUGGAUAUAUCGACGAAGAGGCAAAUAAUUUGUUCGAGGGGCUGGCAAAAUUUCUUAUAGAGGGUGUCAAAAGCAUUUCCCGAGAGGUGGAAAAGUGUAUAAAAGCUGAUUGCAGUCAUCUUGCUCAGAAGAAUUCACCGUAGCUGAGCUGUGGAAACCAGACCAUAAAGCCCUCCCAUUGCAAGUUCGCGCGGCUCUCAGCGAUGUAGAACGAGUGGCAGACGGUAUUACACAGAUGCUAGCACGACAAAUGAUGGGAUAAGCAAACGCGUGGCCUGAGGAACAUCUGUCUUGUAAUUUUUUUGUGGUUUGUCGUAUAAACUGUAAUCGCUGUCAACUACGUGGAUAAAAAAGAUUGAUUCUAGUCUCGACGAGGUACUUUGAGUCUGUGACUCGAGUGUGGUCUUAGAAAGAAUAUGGGAGAUAGACGGGCAUGCGCGGUUGACAUUUCGUAGUAUGUCGGGAAAGUGCUGCGACUCCAACCGUCACUAGUCAUGAUAUCGAUAGUGAUCAGAUAAUAACAGAGGAAAUGGCGCUCUUUUGAGAGAGAAUAAUUUAGCGGAGAGAAUAGGAGCGGAAGCAAUUCGGCCGAUCAACUCGAUAUCACGUG